AUGGAGGGGGCGAGCGGGUCCAGCUUCGGGAUAGACACGAUUCUGUCGGGCAGCGGCUCCGGCAGCCCCGGCGGCAUGAACGGAGACUUUCGCCCGCACGGCGACGCCCGGCCCGCGGAUUUUCGAAACCAGGCCACGCCGUCGCCCUGCUCGGAGAUCGACACGGUGGGCACGGCGCCCUCCUCGCCCAUCUCGGUGAGCAUGGAGCACCCCGAGCCGCACCUGGGGGUGGCGGAGAGCCUCCCGCCGCCGCCGCACCACCUCCACCUCGGCCCGCACCCGCCGCCGCCGCCGCCGCAAAGUUUGCAGCCGUCGCCCCCGCAGCCGCCGCCCCAGCUGGGCUCGGCCAGCUCCGGCCCCAGGACUUCCACAUCUUCUUUUUUAAUUAAGGACAUUUUGGGCGACAGCAAACCGCUGGCGGCGUGUGCACCUUACAGUACCAGCGUCCCCUCUCCUCACCACACUCCCAAACAGGAGGGCAACGCGGCCCCGGAAAGCUUCAGGCCAAAACUCGAGCAGGAGGACAGCAAGAGCAAGCUGGACAAGCGCGACGACACGCAGGGCGACAUCAAAUGCCACGGGACAAAGGAGGAGGGAGACCGGGAGAUCAGCAGCAGCCGGGACAGCCCGCCCGUGCGGGCCAAGAAGCCGCGGAAGGCGCGGACGGCCUUCUCCGACCACCAGCUCAACCAGCUGGAGCGCAGCUUCGAGCGCCAGAAGUACCUGAGCGUGCAGGACCGCAUGGACCUGGCCGCCGCGCUCAACCUCACCGACACGCAGGUGAAAACCUGGUACCAGAACCGCAGGACGAAGUGGAAGCGGCAGACGGCGGUAGGACUGGAGCUGCUGGCCGAGGCCGGGAACUACUCGGCGCUGCAGAGGAUGUUCCCUUCGCCCUAUUUCUACCACCCCAGCCUGCUGGGCAGCAUGGACAGCACGACGGCGGCCGCGGCGGCCGCGGCCAUGUACAGCAGCAUGUACCGGACUCCCCCCGCACCGCACCCCCAGCUCCAGCGGCCGCUGGUGCCGCGGGUGCUCAUCCAUGGGCUGGGGCCCGGCGGGCAGCCGGCCCUCAACCCCUUGGGCAACCCCAUGCCCGGCACCCCGCACCCCCGGUGA